GGAGCCUUGGACGUGGCGAGGCCGGGCCAGCCUGGGUGCCGGGCCUGGGGCGCUCUGCUUGGCCGCUCGGUGGGCUAGCCCUCCGCACCCGCCGUCAAGCCGCCGCCGGGCCCCGCGGCCGUCAGGCCUUUCCAGUUUGGGGCGGGUCCGGAGAACGGAGAUGGAGUCGUCUCUCGAGGCAAGCUUCUCGUCCAGCGGUGCGGUGUCAGGGGCUUCAGUAUUUCUGCCUCCGGCUCGCUCCCGUAUCUUCAAGAUAAUCGUGAUCGGUGACUCCAACGUGGGCAAGACGUGCCUAACCUACCGCUUCUGCGCCGGCCGUUUCCCCGACCGCACCGAGGCUACUAUCGGGGUGGAUUUCCGAGAACGUGCUGUGGAGAUAGAUGGGGAGCGCAUCAAGAUCCAGUUAUGGGACACAGCAGGACAAGAACGAUUUAGAAAGAGCAUGGUACAGCAUUAUUACAGAAAUGUCCAUGCCGUUGUCUUCGUGUAUGAUAUGACUAACAUGGCUAGUUUUCAUAGCCUGCCAUCUUGGAUAGAAGAAUGCAAACAACAUUUGCUAGCCAGUGACAUACCACGGAUUCUAGUUGGAAAUAAAUGUGACUUGAGAAGUGCCCUUCAAGUACCUACAGACUUGGCGCAGAAAUUUGCUGACACCCACAGUAUGCCUUUGUUUGAAACCUCUGCGAAAAACCCCAAUGAUAAUGACCACGUGGAAGCUAUAUUUAUGACCUUGGCUCAUAAACUUAAGAGCCACAAACCAUUAAUGCUUAGUCAACCCCCUGAUAACGGAAUUAUUCUGAAGCCUGAACCAAAGCCUGCAAUGACAUGCUGGUGCUAAAUAACAGUCUUUAUUAUACUAUCUAAUUUUGACUAAAGAAAUGCUUUUGAAGUGUGACAGUGAUAAGUCAUAAGAUUUAAUCUCAAAUAUAAUGGAUCAUCCUGACAUUUUACUAUUUAUCAUUGUCAUGCUAAUUUUUGUAUUUUGUAUCUACUUAGUUACAUCUGUCAUUGUGACAACACAGGGCAAAAGUUGGUUUUCACAUGAGGUUAAAAAUGAAGUAAAGGUAGGAUGAAUUAGAACAUCUUCCCAUUGAGAGCCCAGUGAAGGAGGCCUCAGGUGAGAGCACGAUGGUAUUUUAGGAGUAAAUGACUGUUCAAUCCUGUGUUCUGGGAUUGAAAAAAAAAUUAAGGGUUUAGGACAUACUUACUAGGUAUGUCCUUUGAAUGGGAAGUGUUCUCAAUAGGACAAAACUGGUAUUUGCCUCUCCCUGGAGUUCUGUCUUUGUAUUAUUGAUGUAUUUAAUUGCAUUAUUAUGGGUACAUUUGAGAGCCAAGACUGUAUUUAGUUCCAGUGUGGGGAGAAGGCAUAGAAUAUUUUCUGGUUCUCAGCGCAUAAAGAAUGACUUCCAGUGAUCCCAGAUGCUUGAUAUUUCUAAUCAGUAUAUCAGAUCUACAGAAGUCAUUGUUAUUUUUAGAAAAAUAAUUUGUUUUCUUACUAAAUUCUAUUAGAAUAUGCAAAAGCAAGUCUGACUUUAAUGUAAAUGAAGUGACAUAAUAAGGUGCUUUAUAUUUUAUUUUGAUAUCUUUAGUGAAAAACCAACUGAAAGCAUUGGAGGAAUUGUAACUUGGGGGAAAAUAGGUAAAUGUGGUUCCUGGCUACCACAGGAGACCUGUUCUCUUAGCUUUUAGUAAUUUCAAGCUGUGUAUCUGGCAUAGUACCUCUUGCUGUCCCCCACAGUCAAUCAAUUUAAUGACUAAAGGUUGAAUUAACAAAUCAACUUCUAUUUGGAUUGUAGCUCUGAAGGUGUACCUCUAAUUCCUAGGAGUCUACAUAUAUUUCUGUAAUAGUAUUGUGUUACAGUGUAUCAGUUUUUAAAAUCUUUAAAUUUUAUGGUCACAACAAGCUAUUCC